AUGGCUCCUUUUGAAGUAUUAUAUGGUAGGAAAUGUAGAACUCCACUAUGUUGGGAUGAAGUUGGUGAAAGAAAGUUAUUGGAUCUUGAAUAUGUCCAGAUUACUGCUGAGAAAGUAAAGAUAAUUAAAGAAAAAUUUGGUAAACGAGGUAAAUUGAGUCCGAGGUAUAUUGGCCCAUAUGAGAUUGUUGAACGCAUCGGUCCAGUUGCGUAUCGAUUGGAUUUGCCAACAGAAUUGUCUAGAAUUCAUGAUGUAUUCCAUGUUUCUAUGCUUCGUAAGUAUAUUCUAGAUCCAUCUCAUGUUUUGGAAUCACAACUAGUAGAACUGAAGGAAAAUCUUACCUAUGCAGGAAAAUCAGUUCAGAUAUUGGAUAGGAAGGAACAUGUUUUGCGUAAUAAGACUAUUCCAUUGGUUAAAGUCUUGUGGAGGAAUCAUGCUAUAGAAGAAGCGACAUGGGAAAGUGAAGAACAGAUGCGUUCUCAAUAUCUCCAGAUUUUUCGUACUUAG